AUGGGCAUCCAAGCACUCCCGCAGACCACCAUCCGCACACUCGGCUCGACCCAGGUCCUGACUGAUCCCGCAUCAGUGGUCAAGGAACUUAUCGACAAUGCACUCGAUGCUCACGCCACCUCAAUCUCCGUAGAGAUCAGCACUAACACCUUAGACCUCAUACAAGUCCGGGACAAUGGCCAUGGCAUACCGCCAGAGGACCGACUUCUGGUGGCGAGACCCCAUUGCACCAGCAAGAUCGGCUCAGAAGAAGAUCUCAAAGACAUCGGUGGAUCAUCAUUGGGCUUCGGAGGCGAGGCGCUUGCCAGUGUCGCCGAGGUGAGCGGCUCUCUAACCAUCAGCACUCGAGUUGAGGGCGAGCAAGUCGCCACGGCCAUGAAGAUCAACCGGCAGGGCGAGGUCACUGGUCAGGAUCGGGCUUCUCUGCCUGUUGGCACUACGAUCAAGGUGACUGACUUCAUCAAGUCACAUCCCGUGCGAAGGCAAGUGGCGCUUAAAGCUACGGAAAAGACCUUGAAGAAGAUCAAGCAACUGCUACAGUCUGAUGCAUUCGCCAGGCCACAGACCCGGAUCGCACUCCGAAUACUGAAAGCGAAGCACGACAAAGGCAAUUGGAUGUACGCACCCAAGCCUGGUGGCAAUGCAGAAGACGCCGCUUUCAAGGUCGUUGGUGCAGCCUGCGCUUCCCAAUGUACCUGGUCAGUGGUCGAGGAGAAUGGCUUCAGUCUUCAUGCUUUCCUUCCUCGUGCCGAUGCGGAUACAACUUCCAGAGGUGUAGCCAAGCAGCUGGCGAAGACGUUCAAACAGGCUCUGUCGAAGGCAGGAUCUCCAUUGCAGGGAGCGAAGGAGCUCUUCAUCUUCUUGGAGAUCAAAUGCCCACCAGCUAGCUACGAUGCGAAUGUCGAACCAGCUAAAGACGAUGUGCUCUUCGAAGACCCGGAAGUCGUUGUCACUGCCGCGAGGCGUCUCUUCGAGGCGGUGUAUCCUGCUCAGCCUGAAAUGCCCAAUUCGGAGAGAAUGAGCUCUAGAGACCACAAGACCGUGCCUCACCUCUCGGUACCGGAUGAAGAGGACUUUACAUCAUCCCUUGAGCCUCGUCGCGCAACAUCAAACACCCCACACCCUCCAAGCCCAGAGUCUGCAGUGGACAGGACUCGUGGUCUGUUUGAUCUGAGACCGGCUCGCCAGAUGCCAGAAGAUGACACAGAUGACCGAGUCUUCUUUCGUUCCAACAUGUAUGGAUGCGAUGAAGAAGAUCCUGAUUUACCUGAUGCUCGCCCACCAACUGGCCGCACCGAAGCUGAUUUCGAAGAACUGCGUCAAGCUCGCAAGGAUAUCAACGUAUCGAACCCAUGGGUCAUGGCCAAGCUUCACACUUCCGUGCGCCGGCCCGCGGCUGCGGAGGAGAGCAGCGGGCCCGCUGAAGUCACCCCUACGUCUUCAAAUCAACGCAGGAUCCGAGGCGACGCAGACGACCAGGCAAAUGCACUGCCGACGCCCGGACCUUCGUCGCCCUCAGUACGACCCAACGACUUCCAUCCUUCAGACCAUGUGCCUGGCAGGCACUUUGGGAGAGACGGCAGGAUGAUCGAAUCGCAGAUGCUGCCACCUCCACUGCCGUACAUGCGACCAUCAUCUCCAAUGCAUCUUGGGCCAGAAGGUUUCUCGUCACCACCACGCGAGCGUCGAGCUCCUGGCUACAACUAUGCGCUGCCUCUUCCAGAGCAACCUGUGGGUACUCCUCUGUCCUCAAUACCGGAGAUCACUCCCCGAGCGCGCCGUAGCCCUAGCCCCAAGAAGCAGCUCCAGCAGACGCACACCAACCGACCCUUUGUGUCGCCACUUCAACGCGAGCAAGGCGAACCUGAGCGGGAGAAGGUCUGGUUCGAUCAUCUAGAGCGUAUUGACCGCCCACGCCGCUCGCCUGUCAAGCAAGGGCCUGGGGCAGGUCUGGUAACUCAGGGCGAGCUAGGUGAUUUGACAGAUGAACUACGCCCACUAGCACGCCCAAAAAACAACCGGGACAUGAGAGAUUUUGUUCAGUCAAUCGAUCUCACCCAAGACCACUCAGCUGCAUCAAUUGUCGAAGGGCGCGACUACCCAGCCUCAAAGCGUGGCCAGUCGAUGCAGCGCAAUCACUCUCCCAAAGCUACAGACGAUUCUAAGAACGCGGCGCCAGCUGAUGGUGCGAUGCUUACGCGUGGCUUCAUGCCAGCCAGCGAGCUUGCAGAUCUCGAAAGCCAUGUGGGCGGCUUCGAGAAGUCUGAGCAACGACCGACCAAGCGUCGCAGGACCAGCGAGGGCCGCGUGCUACGUGAAGUAAGCAGCAAUGCCAGAGCAGGCCCUGAGGGCGUUGGCGGCGACGAUGAUGAGAAUGAUCCAAACGUGGAGAGGCGUAAGACGGCUCAACGCCGCCGAACGACAGACGGCAACAAAGUGGGCAGGGGGAAGUCAUCACGCUUACCGUUGGAGCGGACGCCAGCUGGUCAAGGCACGCACAACAUUGUUUCUACGUUCUCGACCACUGCACGAGCGAUUGCGAACGGUUUCAAGAAGAUCGACCAAGACCACACUCUGCUCAACUGGGAGGUGUCGGCAGACGACACAAAUGACGCAUUCGCUUCUGUGAAAGAUUCUCAAUCUAUGUCGAAAAUUUCCGACAGGCUCCACGAGCUUCUCAUCAACCGCUUGUCUGAUGGCGAAAUGGUACAGGAUCUGGGCGAGCUGGUGCGGGAUGCACUUAUGAAGCAUGGUACAACGGAGGACAACGAUACGCCCAUCGAGCACGGGACGUCGGAUGAUGAGACAGCGCUUUGA